UGGCGUGCACACGAGAGGGGUUGGCAGCCACGCUUCUAAUGCCUCGACCAUUUAAAGGUGUCGUAUACGUACAGGAUUCUCCCACCACACAAUGUCGGCGAGUCGGUGACGGAACACGCACGCUUCGACUGGACAUUCCUCGCAGGAGCUGCGGCAUCCAAAUCAGCGAAAAUGAGGAUGGUGAGCUUCUGUAUGAAGUGCUGCUGUAUGUGCAAUAUGACAAACUAGUGCAACAAGCAGUGGACGAAGUUGUGGCGGUGAAGUGUGCUCCACAAAGGCAGAUUGUUGUUCGGGGCAGCAUGCGUCAUCAUGUCAGUGAUGCUGCAUCGCAUCUUCCUAAUGAUAACUACAAGCACGAGGAAAUUACCAACGACGUGGACAGUUGGAUGGACAUUCUCCAAGGCAGCAUGCCAUUCGUGAAGCCAGUCACGGGCUACGUCAACGUGGGAGAAGAAAUGACGAUGGUUAUCAAGAUACGGCACACAGGGGUAGAGACGAAGAGUCGUGUGACUGAGUGCGUAGCGCAUGACGGAUCACAGGAGCUGCUACAGGAACUUACCGACGACCAUGGGUGUUCCCUCGACACAUCCAUCCUGCCAGAGCUAACGGAAGUACUGAACCCAGUCACAGGAUUCAAGGUUUUCUAUGCCACGUUCAAAGCGUUCAAGUUUCCUGACCGAGAUCAUCUUCAUCUGCAGUGCAAGGUUCUGAUCUGCAACAAAACAUGCCCAAUACCAUCUUGCAAUGCGGAGAGCACCACGGAGCGUUACAUCCGUUCUUUGCAUCGAAAGGACGGUAUUCUGAAUAAGUUGGAUGUAUCCAAAUCUUUCGAAGUGAAGACCGUUGUCGUCGAGCAAUACGGAACGCCGCUUGCAGACCGAGCGACAGCGAUGGACUUCUCGCAACAAGUGUGCCUCAGUUUUUCGCGCAUGAUCCUGAUCUUGGCCGUCACAGCCGUCAUUCUUACCAGCUCAUUGGUAAUCAGCAUCUGCAUGUGCGUACGAGCGCGACAGUGGAGGAGACGCUUUGCUGCCCAUCGAGACACCGCCAUGAGGAUACAUGGAUUUCCCUAUGGUGGCGUGGUGGAUAUGUAGCGUCCCGCACAGACUUCUAUUCAGUACGCAGAGCUCUCCAAAAGAGCCGUUCCGUUCUUUGGGACUACAAAGACACCUCGUUAAGUAUGUGUUGUACAGUUCAACGGUGUACAGGACAACCAUGGAAUACCACUAGCUUUCGAAGCGCAAUAACACAUGGACGGCUUCGACAUUUGUCUGAAAUGACACUGCGUUUUUUCUCAGACAGACAGAUGAAAGCAAACAGAAACUGGUGAAAACAUCAGAAGCUCAGUCAUAAGUGUUCAGUGCAGCGAAUGUGCAGUUGUGAAUACGUCGUGAACACUGAACAUAUCCUAAUUAGGUGUGCUAGAGGCUUGAGUGACACACUGGCUUGAGCGUGUGCUGCCGCACAAAAUGACUGCAUUGGUUGGAUAAAUUGGCACUGCAAGCUGCCGGCGACUUGAAAGAUAGUGAGAGGAUCUCUACAUUCAAUAACAGCACGGUCAAAUUCAAGGGAAACUACACGGUGAAAAAUCUUUCGGCUAAGAUCGUCCUAAUGUUGGAGACCUCUUACGUGCCUCUUGUAUACUUUUUAUUUAUUAUGUUUGUAUAAGCAUAUACAAAUAUUGGGAACUGUAUGGCGAAGAUAAUCGCGGUGAAAAAGAGUAAUGGGAGAAAGUGGUUUGUGAGGAGUAAA